AUGAAGCUUUUAUCAUGGAAUGUUAGGGGGUUAGGUAGGACUGGUAAUUGUAGGAAAAUCAAGCAGGUGCUUAAGGAGAGGAAAAUAGACAUGGCUCUCUUGCAAGAGACGAAAAAAGAGGUAGUUAAUUCAGAGUUGGUGCAAACUAUUUGGGCUGGGGAAAAAAUGGAGUUUAUGUCAGUUGAUUCAAUAGGGUCUGCUGGUGGGCUUCUCUGUAUCUGGAAUCCUGAAGUUUUUCAGCUCAAGAACUGUUGUUGCAAUCGCAAUUUUAUCCUCCUGGCAGGCUCAAUAUUUUUUUCUUUUAACUGUGUAAUUGUUAAUGUUUAUGGGCCAAAUGAUCCUGUAGGAAGAAAAAGGGUGUGGGAUAUUCUUGUGAAUCUUAAAUCACAAUUCUUGGACCCAUGGUGCUUGGGGGGUGAUUUUAAUGAAAUUAAAAGCAUUUCUAAAAGAAAAGGUUGCUCUAGAAGGGAUAAGGGGAUGAGGGAGUUCAAUGAAUUGAUAGAGCAACUAGAGGUCUUUGAUCUACCUAUGUGUGGAAGGAAGUUUACUUGGUGUCAUUCACAAGAGGGAGAUAGAUGGAGCAGGCUUGACAGAUUUUUAUUAAAUCCAGAAUGGUUGCAGACUUUCAAUUUUAAGCUGUGGGGUUUACCUAGACUGGUCUCUGACCAUUGCCCUAUUGUUCUGACGGAAGAUGAGAGGGAUUGGGGUCAUAGACCAUUCAGGUUCAUAAGUGCUUGGUCUUUGCAUCCAAAUUUCUUGCCAUUUGUGGAACAAACUUGGGCUGCUCUAAAUGUGUUGGGUUGGGCUGGAUUCAGAUGUUUAGUCAAAUUCAAAGGGUUAAAAUCAGCUUUGAAGAGGUGGAAUAAGGAGGUGUUUGGAAAUGUGGAGAGCAAGCUCAAAGCUACAAAGGAGGAAUUCAUGCCCUUGAUCUAG